AAGAGGAAGUAGCGCAUGCGCCCUUUGCAGCAGAGACGCUACCAUGGAGGAAUCAAACAUGGAGGUGUUCGUGAGUUCUGCGAGCUUCAGGUUCUCUACCUGGAUGUUUCCGGACAGAUGUUCAGUCCGAGACGUUCUGAGACGGUUCGUCCAGCAGCAGGGAGUUUCUUCUUCAGAUUUCUACGUCAUCAGAAAUGGUCGACGGUCACAGCUGGAGGAUCCUCUGCAGCAGGGAGCCAUCUAUCACCUGGAGCCCCGCCUCUGUGGAGGGAAAGGGGGGUUUGGCUCCAUGCUGCGAGCUCUGGGCGCUCAGAUUGAGAAGACGACAAACCGUGAGGCCUGCAGAGACCUGAGUGGUCGACGCCUCCGAGACGUCAACCACGAGAAAGAGAUGGCAGAGUGGUUGAAGAAGCAGGCGGAGCGCGAGGCGGAGAAGGAGCAGCGUCGUCUGGAGCGUCUGCAGAGGAAACUGUCUGAACCCAAACACCAGUUCUCUGAUCCCGAGUACCAGCAACAGUGUCACGACCUGUCGGAGAGACUCGAGGACUCGGUCAUCAAAGGUCUGCUGAGGGCGUUGUCGCAUGCUUCAUAUAUGUUCUCACUCAUGUCAGGUCAGGGUUUCAAGUUUGAGACAGUGUGUCACCAUGGUUACAGGACGGGACUGGGCGAGAUGCUGAGCUCAGAGGACGAAGACGACGACGCUGACGAUGAGGAGGAGGGAGGAGAGUCUCCGUCCAUGUCCUCCUCUAGCUACGCUGCUGCUGUUACCAUGACAACACAGACAGAGGAGUCUGAGCAGAGCAGCAGCUCGUCUGCUGCCUCCGACCGCAGCUCCUCCACCACACCUGGACAGAGCUCCGUCACACCUGGACAGAGCUCCACCACACCUGGACAGAGCUCCGUCACACCUGGACAGAGCUCUGUCACACCUGGACAGAGCUCCACCACACCUGGACAGAGCUCCGUCACACCUGGACAGAGCUCCGUCACACCUGGACAGAGCUCCACCACACCUGCAGAGGAGCAGAAACCAUCUGAGGAGUCCAGCUGUUGCUCUCAGCAGAAGGGCCGGUCUCCGGUGGAUCUGUCCUCGGCGUCCUCUGUGGCUCAGCUGGAGUCUCUGGGUCUGGACGUCCUGAAGGAGGAACUGGUGUCUCGAGGUUUGAAAUGCGGGGGAACACUGACGGAGCGUGCCGCCCGGCUUUUCUCCAUCAGAGGGCUGACUCGAGAUCAGAUUGACCCGACGCUACUCGCCAAACCGGCCAAGACAAAAAGGAAGUGACGAGGUCACAGCAGAGGCGAAUUAAAGGAGCAGUCCAGCUUUUUCCAUCUUACUCAAAAGUCCUCGUUACUGUUCGUCGUCAGUCAGUCGAGUUUCUGUAUUUGAGCUUUUUUUGUUUUUAAACAGUUUUGAGUUCUGUUCACAGAACUCAGGUAGAUGUUAACGUGGGGUUUAAUAGCUUUUAUAAUUUUGAGCUUCACUCUGCAGACGGAUCUUUUCUUAAUUGUUUUGUCUGAUUGGACUGAACUUUAUUAGCAGCAAAGACAAAAACACUGUUGGUUUAUGAAUUCGUCUAAUCAGAAGGCAGGAUUACUGUAUUAGUUUGAUCAGCAGCUGUGACUUGUGUAAAAAUCUCAUUCACUUGUUAAUCAGCUUCAAGUUUCUUUUGUUUAUGAAAGUUUCUUUUUAUUAAAUUGUUUCUGAAACAAAAAA